UCAUCCUAAAAUGGGGGCAGGGGCAGAUUGUCCAUUUCUAAUUAUUCUAAGUCCCCCCAAUGUCUAUGGUGGUUACAGCCCGGCUUCAGUUUAAAUGCAUUUGGAUAAAUUGCAUAUUGUUUUUGUUACAGAACUCUGCUUCCUGUUCAGUUCUAAUGGAAGACACAAUGACUCCAGAUACAGAUUAUUAUAAUAAUUUACAAGAGUUAUCUGUAGACAGCCAUACGAAAGAAGAGAAACUUCAUGAGGCUACUGAGGUACAUCUUGGCUACUGCAGGGAAGCAGCAUGUGUAAUUACAGUGAUCUUUAAUGUGAUCAUAUUCCUUCUUGGCAUCAUUGGAAAUGGUGCGGUGAUCUGGAUUACUGGUUUUAAGAUGAAGAAGUCAGUGAACACCACCUGGUACCUGAGUCUGGCUCUGUCUGACUUCAUUUUCUGCGCUACUCUCCCUUUCACCGUUGACUACAUGGUGAAGAACAGCUGGAUCUUUGGGCCCUUCAUGUGCAAGUUCAACGCUUUUGUUAUGACCCUCAAUAUGUACAGCAGCAUUUUCAUCCUGGUCAUCAUUAGUGUGGAUCGCUGUAUCACCGUCAAGUUUCCCGUCUGGGCCCAGAAUCAGCGCACCGUACAGAAAGCUUCUGUAGUUGUUAUGUUAGCUUGGUUCGUGUCUUCUUUGCUUAGCAUUCCAUCUGCCAAAUUCAGAGAGAUUAUGAAUAUAGACAUAUGCUAUAGCAACUAUGAGAAUCACCACAAAACCGUUGUGUUCAUGCGCUUUACUUUUGGGUUUUUGAUUCCAUUCCUGACCAUCUUCACCUGUUACUCCAUCCUGAUCCGUAAACUUAGAGCAAACCAAAUGUCCAGAUCCACCAAGCCCUACAAGAUCAUGACAUUACUGAUCACAACUUUUUUCAUCUGUUGGUUGCCAUUUCAAAUAGUUUCCAUUUUAGAGUUGGACCGAACUGAGUACAGCUUUGCCUUUCACACAGCCCAACGAGUAUCCGCCACUCUCGCCAGUGCAAACAGCUUUCUAAACCCGUUCCUCUAUGCAUUCAUGGCCAAGGACUUAAAGAAGAAAUGCUAUUCCUUUCUUUCCAAGAUUGAGAGUGCCAUCGAUGAGGAGACCCGAAGUGCUUUCAGAGCAACUUCAAUUACCAAUUCUGUGGAUAACAGACAUUCCACUGUUGUCUGAAAUUUUAACACGAGUCAUGCACUAAAGAGAAUGCUGGCCCAUAGAAACGGCUUGGCAUUAACAAGUAGUGCAGUUGUUUUGUCUGUUGCAUAUUUUGAGUUUGGAAAUUUACAAGUAGAAGUUAAAAAAUUUAA